GGAAAAGCUGGGAAAAACCAUCCAGAGCUGGGAUUAAUUCAUUUUAAUUCCAUUAAUUCCUGCUUUGUCACAUCAGAACUUCCCAGGGAUCUGCAGGGAUCCAAGUGGAGCUGCUGCUCCCUGCCCCUCUCCUCGGAGCGUCACCAAAUCCCAAAUGGUUUGGGUUGGGAGGGACUUUAAAGCCCCCCGUGGCACGGAUGAGGUUCCAGCUUCCGGUGUCCCAGGUUGCUCCAGCUUUUCCCUGGACACUUCCAGGGAUGGGAAGUCCAAGGAGGAGCCCUGCCAAGAGGGAAACGGAGGAAUUGUGGAGCGUUUCCCCCUCCUGCUCCUCGCUCCGUUAUUUCUCUGAGCGUUCUGAGCCACCUGAAGCGGAUCCUCGGCACAGAAUUCCCAGAGAAUUCGUGGCUGUCCCAUCCCUGGAAGUGUCCAAGGCCAGGCUGGAGCAGCCUGGGGCAGCGAAGGUGUCCCUGGCCAUGGAUAAGGAUAUCCCAAGGUCCAUCCCAACCCCGUGAUUCCCUGCUGGAGGAGAUGGGCUGGCUCUCAGGAUCGCCGGGUUUAUCAUCCCGGAGCCCACAGGAUGAUAAAGACGAAUCAUGGAUGUCUCACACGCUCCGUGACUCAUCCCAAAUCCAUCUCCCAGGCCGGAUAUUCCAACCACCACCUCUGGACAAGGUCCAAGAACCUCCCAAAUCCCGGAAUCGUGAUGGAUUCGGGGGUGAGGAGCAGACACAUUUCCCUGUCCCCAUCUCUCCCGAUGCUCCACGGCCGCAAUUCCUUAUAUCCUGAUGGAAGUUACGGAAUUCACUCCGAAAUGUUUCAUUUUGCUGGGAUUGGAAGUGGGAGAUCCACCAGCUCCGCCUUUUCCUGGCUCCGGAGCCAGGGUUUGUUGGGUCACAGCAGGGCCGGGUGGGAAUUCAGGGAACGUCGCUUCCAUCCUGAAGGGAUCAAGGAGAUGGAAUCUUCCCCAUCCGGAAUCCCUGGGAUUCCUGACUUGGCCUUCAAAAAUAAGUUCUGUAAUUCCAAUUUCCAUUAUUUCCUUGGGGCUUUUUUCCCCAAAAAUUCUGUUCAGCUGCUGUGGUUUCUUCCCUGGUUUUUAUUUCUCCGGCUGAGAAGUCAGAUCAGCCCCAUCAGGAAUGUUCUGCAUUCCCAUCAAAUCCAGCCCCACGGGGAAUGUUCUGCAUUCCCAUCAAAUCCAACCCCAUCGGGAAUGUUCUGUAUUCCCAUCAAAUCCAACCCCAUCAGGAAUGUUCUGCAUCUCCUCAUUCCCAUCAAAUCCAGCCCCAUCGGGAAUGUUCUGCAUCUCCUCAUUCCCAUCAAAUCCAGCCCCAUCGGGAAUGUCCUGUAUUCCCAUCAAAUCCAACCCCACUGGGAAUGUUCUGUAUUCCCAUCAAAUCCAGCCCCAUCGGGAAUGUUCUGCAUUCCCAUCAAAUCCAGCCCCACUGGGAAUGUUCUGUAUUCCCAUCAAAUCCAGCCCCAUCGGGAAUGUUCUGCAUCUCCUCAUUCCCAUCAAAUCCAGCCCCAUCGGGAAUGUUCUGUAUUCCCAUCAAAUCCAGCCCCAUCGGGAAUGUUCUGCAUUCCCAUCAAAUCCAGCCCCACUGGGAAUGUUCUGCAUUCCCAUCAAAUCCAACCCCAUCAGGAAUGUUCUGCAUCUCCUCAUUCCCAUCAAAUCCAGCCCCAUUGGGAAUGUUCUGCAUUCCCAUCAAAUCCAGCCCCACUGGGAAUGUUCUGCAUCUCCUCAUUCCCAUCAAAUCCAGCCCCAUCAGGAAUGUUCUGCAUCUCCUCAUUCCCAUCAAAUCCAACCCCAUUGGGAAUGUUCUGCAUUCCCAUCAAAUCCAACCCCAUCAGGAAUGUUCUGCAUCUCCUCAUUCCCUUCAAAUCCAGCCCCAUUGGGAAUGUUCUGCAUUCCCAUCAAAUCCAGCCCCAUCGGGAAUGUUCUGCAUCUCCUCAUUCCCAUCAAAUCCAGCCCCAUCGGGAAUGUUCUGCAUUCCCAUCAAAUCCAGCCCCACUGGGAAUGUUCUGUAUUCCCAUCAAAUCCAGCCCCAUCGGGAAUGUUCUGCAUCUCCUCACUCCCAUCAAAUCCAGCCCCAUCGGGAAUGUUCUGCAUCUCCUCGCUCCCAUCAAAUCCACUCAGUGUUUAAGAUUUUUGGGGGGAUUUUGGAUUUUAAGAUUCCGGAGGGCGAUUCCAGGCAUCUCCCAGAUUUCCUGCCCAUGGAUCGGGGGUCACAGAUGAUCCCGUCCUGGCUCUCCGAGGCUGGCGGUGUUUUGCCGACCAGCGGCUCCCAGACUUCGCAGAUUUCCUUUUCUCAUCGCACAUUUGUGAUUUCAAAUCACCCAGCUGUGAGAUCGUGCCAGAACCUCGCUGCCAGACACAGGGGCUGUGAAAACAGUAAUUUAAAAUCUCCGGGAAGCAUUCCAGCCGGGAAAAAAAGGGGGAAAAAACCCCCAAAAUGCCAACUCGCGUUCGGCAUUAAAACCCGGAGGAUUUUGGGGGUGGAUUUGUCCCAGGGGUCCAACAAACAGCAGGACGGGGGUUGGGCACAGCCAGGGUUUGAGGGAGGAUUUUUGGGAUCGUCGUUCCGUGAUCCCGCGGCUCCCGGUGGCUGCUGCGGCGGGAGCCGGUCAUGGAAUACUCAGCUCUCCCAUCCCUGGCUUCAAUCCCUCCAGGAAUGUCGAUCCCGUUGAGAGUGGCAGGGAAGUGCGUCAGACGCCGGCGCUCGUGGGUUAGGAAAAAAUAUCCAAAAUCGCUUCCAAAGCUUGGAUUUGACGCAUUUUCAGAGACGUUCAAUGAGUUUUUAAUUAACUUUGAAAUUAAUAAUAUCGGAUUCCCAUUUUCUCAGAGGGUCCUGGCCCAGGUUUCCCAGAAUUUGGGGCUUCCCCAUCCCUGGAAGUGUCCAAGGACAGGUUGGAACUGGAUGAGCUUUGAGGUCCUUCCCAACCCAAAUCAUUCCGGGAUACUGGGGAACAUUCCCAAAAAUGCUCUCAUUUCCCAAGGAUUUUUAUCUUCUCAGUAUCUCCAGGAACUUCCUGAAAACGCUUUGCCAGUUCUCUGAUGUCAAAUUAAAAUCUUUGCUGGAGGGAUCGUUCCUUGACUCCUUAAACUCGGAACUUUUCCUGGAUUGCUCCGACGUGUCCCGGUUUUCUCGGCGCUAUUGAAAAGUGGGAUUUUCCCCCAUUUCCUCAGUGCUGAUAAAGCAGUUUCUGGUUAUCUCAGAUCCUUUUCCUGCUUCCUGUUGUUCCCGUUCCCAAGGAUUUAUCACAUGAAACAGCCUCGUGUUCUCCCCGGAAAUAAAUCCCAGCCUUGUGGGAAGCGGAGAUUCCAAAGGAAACUCAUGGAAGAUCGUGGAUGGAGCUGCUGUGCAUUCCCAAUUCCCAAACCCACGGGUUCCUCCGUCAGCAUCCAGAACACAACAAAGGAAAAAAAUCCUCCCUCUUCCUAUUUUCCUGCAUUUUCCAUGGAUUGAAAGCUUGGAUUUGACCCUUCAGCUUGAAGAGCAACGUCUCAUUCCAAAGGAAACGCUGGAAUUUCCACGAGUGCCGGAUUUCUUUGGGAGUCAAGGCUUGGGGACGCCGGUGGGAUCCCCAAGGAGCCGUUACUGCGUCACCACAAAUUCUGUGGAGAUCAAGGAGUUAAAAAAAGAAACAAACCCAAAACUUCCCUUUUUGGGUUAAAAAUGGGAAGUUUCUGUUCCGUGCUGCUCUUCCUGCCUGGCUCGGUGGUGUCCGUGUCCUUGGAAUGCUGGAGGUGAUGGACAAAGCUUUUGUCGCUUCCUUCUCCGUGACUUUUCCAUAAAAAGUGGAAUUCCGGCUGCGGCAAAAUGUUCGGCUCAUACGGCACUGACGCGGUGUCCCUGGUGCUGAGAGAAACACCUUUGGCCAUCCUGAAUCCCUGUGGAUAUCCCGAUUUCCUGUGGAUAUCCCAGAUCCUUGUGGAUAUCCCAAAUUCCUGUGGAUAUCCCGAAUUCCCGUGGAUAUCCCAAUUCCCUGUGGAUAUCCCAAAUUCCCGUGUAUAUCCCAAAUCCCUGUGGAUAUCCCAAUUCCCUGUGGAUAUCCCAAAUUCCCGUGGAUAUCCCAAAUUCCCGUGGAUUAUCCCAAAUCCCCGUGGAUUAUCUGAAACCCCUGUGGAUAUCCCUAUUCCCUGCGGAUAUCCUGAAUCCCUGUGCAUAUCCCAAGUCCCUGUGCAUAUCCCAAAUCCCUGUGACCGUCCCAAAUCCCUGUGGAUAUCCCGAAUCCCUGUGGAUAUCCCAAGUCCCUGUGCAUAUCCCAAGUCCCUGUGCAUAUCCCAAAUCCCUGUGGAUAUCCCAAAUCCCUGUGGAUAUCCCAAAUCCCUGUGGAUAUCCCGAUUUCCUGUGGAUAUCCUGAAUCCCUGUGGAUAUCCCAAGUCCCUGUGCAUAUCCUGAAUCCCUGUGGAUAUCCCGAAUCCCUGUGGAUAUCCCAAGUCCCUGUGCAUAUCCCAAAACCCUUUGACCGUCCCAAAUCCCUGUGGAUAUCCCAAAUUCCCGUGGAUAUCUGAAAUUCCUAUGGAUAUCCCAAUUUCCUGUGGCCAUCCCAAAUCCCUGUGGCCAUCCCGAAUCCCCGUGGAUAUCCCAAAUCCCCAUGGAUAUCCUAAAUUCCCGUGACCAUCCCAAAUCCCCGUGUCUGCCUUGAUGCUCGCCGCUCAUUCUGGGUGAAAUCCAUAGCAUUUUGGUGACGCUCACACCAUUCUCCCAUGGAAUUCCAGGAUGGUUUGGGUGGGAAAGGACCCAAAAUCCCACCCAGUUCCAUGGUCAGGGAC